AUGGUUGUGGGCGCCUUCCCACUGGGCAAACUCGCAUUGUUAGCUAUUAAGCACAUUAGUAAGCCCAUUGGUAAUCUAAUCAAGCGAACGGCUAAAAAGAAUCCGAAAUUUAAAGAGCUGGUUGUUUCGCCACCAGCAAGAUUGUAUCAUGUAAUUGAUGUGCGAUCGAAGAUGUGGAUGCUCGGACUGGGGCAACCUCGUAUUAUUCCCCCUUUAAAUGAUACAAUGACAAUUCAAAUGGGCGGCGAUAUUCUUGGGGAAAUGGUAAUUUUUAUAAUUGGAGCUGCAUUAAUAAUAGGAGAAUACAAAAGGCAGUCAAGAAAUGAUAAAAUGAAGCACGAAAGACACAGAAUGCAUCGGGAGCAACUCGAAAAUAGAAUUGUUGACCUAACCAGUAAGAUCGCCAGCCAAGCAAAAGAAAUAAAUCACCUGAAGACAAUGGUCGGUUUUAAAAGAAAUCAUCAUGGAUAUAGCGAUGCAAGCGAACUUGAGUGUAACUGA